AUGCCACCGUUAAUAUUUGAAUGGUAUAAUGAAUGUUAUCUUGGGGCGGCGCAUGGUUUUGCUGGUAUCUUGACUACUCUACUGAAGGUAUAUCGUUUGUUUCCUGGUAGCAUAUCAUCACAUUCCUUAAAUCAGUUAGUUCUACCUACUGUCGAUUGGAUGAGUCAACUUCAGUUAUCCAACGGAAAUUGGUCUCCUAGUUUAGGUGAUAGCGAAAGUCAUGACAUAUUGGUUCAUUGGUGUCAUGGUGCGACGGGUGUUAUUCCACUUAUGCUCUCAGCUUACAAGAUUACAGGUGAAAAUAAGUAUUUGAAGUGUGCAUUAGAUGGGGGAGAAGCUGUAUGGACUCGUGGUCUACUUCACAAAGGCUGUGGUCUAUGUCACGGUUCAGCUGGUAGUGGUUUCGCUCUAUUAGAGAUUUAUCAAACAACUCAAGAUCCCAAAUAUUUGUAUAGAGCUAUAAAGUUCGCUGAAUGGUGUACCGACUGUUUUAAAAAUGCUACUCGCGUUGCUGAUCGUCCGUACUCACUUAUGGAAGGUCUUGCUGGGACACUGUACUUCCUUGUUGGUAUUUUGGAUCCAGUUAAUUCGAAGUUUCCUCUACUAAGUGGAUUGUGAAUAGAAAGAAACAAUGAUUUUACUUAUAUCUAUUCAACUAACUUUGUCUGUCAUUUUGUACUCACAUCUAUUUGUUCAUCAUUCACUUAGUUUAUGAGAAAAUGUUAUUUGAGUUUCAUGUCUGCCGAAUAGUUC